CAGCAGUUGCCGCCAGGGAGGUGACCAUAAAAGGACAAAACACAUAGACGCAGCUUCCCAUCCCUUCUUUUACUUUUCUGACCUUCUUCAACUCUCGCUUUCAUACGCACUCUCUCUCUCUCUCUCCUCUGCUUCUUGGAUCUCUCCUACCAUGUCCCAAAAUCCCCCAACGGUCACAUUUCCACCACCCUCUUAAUAAACCUCUCCAAAUUCCCACCUCAAAGCCGUUUCUUUGCUUCCAGUUUCCUUUUUCUUGAUUAAACAUGUCUGGCUCUCUGCUUUUGCUGCUUCUGCUACUAGUAGCCUUUUCUUUUCCACGCUCUUUGCAGGGCCAAAACGGCAUCCCGCCAAGGAAUAUCUGGUGCGUUGCUAAGAACAACGCCGACGACCAAGCCUUGCAGGGAGCCAUUGACUGGGCAUGCGGACCCGGUGGAGCCGACUGUAGCCCCAUCCAGCAAGGCGGGCCUUGCUAUGACCCUAAUGAUAUUCAGACAACGGCGUCUUGGGCUUUUAAUGAUUAUUACUUGAAGCAUGGCUUGACUGAUGAUGCUUGCUCCUUUAGCAACACUGCUGCUCUCACUUCCUUAAACCCUAGUCAUGAUAAUUGCAAAUUCCCUUCCAGCCUAUCUGUGAACAAUGGCAGCAUUUCUGGUUCCACCACCACAACAACGAUAGGAAUGGAGCCAGGCGCUGCAGAUUUGAGCGGAUGUAGUAAGAUUGCUAGCACGUGGUUUCGGCCCAUAAUCACCAGUCAUGUGUUUGUCGUGCUCGUGACAAUAAUUAGAGCAUAGUAGAGAGCUCAGUUUGAUUUUUUAUUCAUUUAAGCAGUUUUCAGUUGAAAUUGUUGAGGCAAAAGCUAAGGCUUUUGUUCAGAAGAUAGGCAUUUAGCAUUGAUCUAUGGCAUAUUUCUUGUUCAGUGAGUUCUGGGGAAUCCUCUUCCACUUUUUGUUGUCUAUCUGUAGCUUAGAUAUGUAAUUUAUUAACAAAAUCAAGGAUAUUCAAAUCUUGUAUUUUUUGUAGCCUCUUCUUUUGACUCAGAAAGCAGUUUUUGAAUCUUGAAAUCUCAGUUUAUUUUAUUUCUUUUGAAGAA